AUGUGCACCAACAGAGCUACUGUUCCUUCGAAACCCAAUCUUGGGGACUUGCCGGAUAGCUGUGUGGCGUCGAUUCUGGGGUAUUUAGACCCACCGGAGAUCUGUAGACUGGCUCUUCUUAAUAGGGCCUUUCGAGGUGCUUCAUCAGCAGAUUUUGUUUGGGAAUCCAAACUGCCUUUGAAUUAUGGGUCUGUGAUCGAAAGAGUGUUUGAAGAUUUUCCUGAGAAAUUGUGUAAAAGAGAUAUUUAUGCCAGGCUUUGUCGACUCCAUUCUCUUGAUGGAGGCACAAAGAAAGUUUGGUUGGAUAAGAGUACAGGAAGAAUUUGUUUGUCAAUUGCAUCAAAUGGGUUGGAGAUAACAGGGAUCGAUGAUCGGAGAUACUGGAGUCGAAUUCUAACCGAGGAAUCUCAAUUCUGCUCAGUUGCAUACCUCCAGCAAAUCUGGUGGUUUGAAGUUGAUGGAGAGCUCGAGUUCCCAUUUCCAGCGGGGACAUAUAGCCUAUUCUUCAGGCUACAGUUAGGACGGGCCUCCAAGAGGUUUGGUCGCCGAGUCUGCAACUCUGAGCAUGUCCAUGGUUGGGAUAUAAAACCCGUGCGAUUCCAGCUUUCAACAUCAGAUGGCCAGCAGGCAGUCUCCCAGUGUUACUUGGAUGAACCUGGAAAAUGGAUUCACUACCAUGCGGGAGAUUUCGUCGUUGAGGAUCAGAAUACACCGACGAAAAUCAAAUUCUCAAUGACCCAGAUUGAUUGCACACACACUAAAGGCGGUCUCUGCGUGGACUCUGUUUUUGUGUACCCGAGUGAAUUCAAAGAGGGGUUAAAGCAUUUUUAG